GUCUCCGUAGGAUCUGAAUCAGGAAGUAACAUGUCGUCCUUUAAAUUCCUGAUCUCAUCCCUUCAGGUUAUGUUCAAUAAUAUCAAAGGCUGCACUGAAAUCUAACAGUACAGCUCACACAAUUUUAUUAUCAAUGUAUUACACCCAAUCAUCAGUCAUUUGUGUCAGUGCAGUACAUGCUGUAAGUCUGUCAAUUUAUUUACAGAGAAAUAGCAUUGCAUCUGGUUAAACACCAUUUGAAUUCAUUUUUUUCUCCAGAAGUUUGCAAAGAGUCGGCAGCAAGCUGAUUGGUCGGCUGUUAGAACCAGUGCUUUACCAUUCUUGGGUAGAGGAAUUCUCUUCUCCCAGUAAACCAGUGUGCUGUUGCAUACACACUAAGCUGUGCCCUAUAGAGCAAGGGUGUCGAAACACACUCCUCAGUCAUAUAGCUCAGUAACAUCAUGCCAGUACACAUCACAUCACCGUUUGUUAUACUGACCCGUGUGGUGUAGAGCUGCUCACAUAAUUGAUCAUGGUCUUUUUUCCAUGGUCUUUAUUCCACGGUCUUUAUUCCACGGUCUUUAUUCCACGGUCUUUAUUCCAUGGUCUUUAUUCCGUGGUCAGGAGGGUCUUUAUUCCAUGGUCUUUAUUCCAUGGUCUUUAUUCCGUGGUCAGGUGGGUCUUUAUUCCAUGGUCUUUAUUCCAUGGUCUUUAUUCCGUGGUCAGGUGGGUCUUUAUUCCGUGGUCUUUAUUCCAUGGUCAGGUGGGUCUUUAUUCCAUGGUCUUUAUUCCACGAUCUUUAUUCCAUGGUCUUUAUUCCAUGGUCAGGUGGGUCUUUAUUCCAUGGUCUUUAUUCCACGGUCUUUAUUCCACGGUCUUUAUUCCAUGGUCUUUAUUCCAUGGUCAGGUGGGUCUUUAUUCCGUGGUCUUUAUUCCGUGGUCAGGUGGGUCUUUAUUCCGUGGUCAGGUGGUCUUUAUUCCGUGGUCAGGUGGUCUUUAUUUCGUGGUCAGGUGGGUCUUUAUUCCGUGGUCAGGUGGGUCUUUAUUCCGUGGUCAGGUGGGUCUUUAUUCCGUGGUCAGGUGGGUCUUUAUUCCGUGGUCAGGUAGGUCUUUAUUCCAUGGUCUUUAUUCCAUGGCCAGUUGGUCUUUAUUCCAUGGCCAGUUGGUCUUUAUUCCGUGGCUAGUUGGUCUUUAUUCCGUGGUCAGGUGGUCUUUAUUCCGUGGUCAGGUGGUCUUUAUUCCGUGGUCAGGUGGUCUUUAUUCCGUGGUCAGGUGGGUCUUUAUUCCGUGGUCAGGUGGGUCUUUAUUCCGUGGUCAGGUGGUCUUUAUUCCGUGGUCAGGUGGUCUUUAUUCCGUGGGCAGGUGGUCUUUAUUCCGUGGUCAGGUGGUCUUUAUUCCGUGGGCAGGUGGUCUUUAUUCCGUGGGCAGGUGGUCUUUAUUCCGUGGGCAGGUGGUCUUUAUUCCGUGGUCAGGUGGUCUUUAUUCCGUGGUCAGGUGGGUCUUUAUUCCGUGGUCUUUAUUCCGUGGUCAGGUGGUCUUUAUUCCGUGGUCAGGUGGGUCUUUAUUCCGUGGUCAGGUGGGUCUUUAUUCCGUGGUCAGGUGGGUCUUUAUUCCGUGGUCAGGUGGGUCUUUAUUCCGUGGGCAGGUGGGUCUUUAUUCCGUGGGCAGGUGGGUCUUUAUUCCGUGGUCAGGUGGGCCUUUAUUCCGUGGUCAGGUGGGCCUUUAUUCCGUGGUCAGGUGGGUCUUUAUUCCGUGGUCAGGUGGGUCUUUAUUCCGUGGUCAGGUGGGUCUUUAUUCCGUGGUCAGGUGGGUCUUUAUUCCGUGGUCAGGUGGGUCUUUAUUCCGUGGUCAGGUGGGUCUUUAUUCCGUGGUCAGGUGGGUCUUUAUUCCGUGGUCAGGUGGGUCUUUAUUCCGUGGUCAGGUGGGUCUUUACUCCGUGGUCAGGUGUAACUUUUGAUUGCAGUCGGGACAGGUCUACUGUCGUGCAUUUAAUUUGGUCAGCGCGUCCACGAACAUCAUUGUUAAUCUGAUCAGUGCAUAUUUAUUAUCUCCGGCCUCUAGGUCACCAGGCUGCUCGUUAUGGUACACACGUGUCUCCAUCGUUACGUGUAUCAGCGCAUAAAUAAUGACACUCAUCUUGUCUCCUAGACCUCCCUGAUUACCUGCCCUAUAUAUGUCACACACCCUUUGGUUCUUUCCCCAGGCGUCAUUGUUUCAUCUCUGCGCGUUGUUCGUGUUUCUUGUUUGUAUUAUGUUUUCAUUUAUUAAAUGAUUCACUUCCUGAACUUGCUUCCUGACUGCCAGCGUACAUGCCAGUAUUCCCUUUGGAACUGUAGUAUUUUUUUAUAGGUGUUAGUUGUAUAUUUUUCUUCUACUGUUUAUGUAUAUAUAUGUAUGUAUGUAUGUAUGUAUGUAUGUAUGUAUGUAUGUGUGUGUAUAUGUAUAUAUAUGUAUGUGUGUGUAUAUGUAUAUAUAUGUAUGUGUGU